GGACUCUGCCCCCAGGGACAGGAAUUAACCAGGCCUGGCGUCUUUAGCUCCAACUUGGGAUCCCUGAUCAGUGUGAGCAGAGCCAGAGUCAGAGAAACAUGGAGUCCAAUGCAGUCCAGCUGACGAGGAUGGAAUACGCCAUGAAGUCCCUCAGCCUUCUCAACCCCAAGUCCCUCUCCAGGUAUGUGGCAGUGAGCACCUCGGUGGUCACCCAGCAGCUGCUGUCGGAGCCCAGCCCGGAGCCCCUCAGAGCCCGGCCCUGCAGAGUGAGCACCCAGGACCGGAGUGUGCGGAAGGGCAUCACGGCACACAGCCUGGAGGACCUCCUCCACAAGGUCCGGGACACCCUGAUGCUGGCAAACAAGCCCUUCUUCCUGGUGCUGGAGGAAGAUGGCACAGUGGUAGAGACAGAAGAGUAUUUCCAAACGCUGGCAGACGACACAGUGUUCAUGGCCCUCCAGAAGGGGCAGAAAUGGCAGCCCCCAUCAGACCAGGGCUCUAGGUACCAACUCUCCCUCUCCCAUAAGCCUGCCAAGAAGAUCGACGUGGCCCGAGUAACCUUUGACCUGUACAAGCUGAACCCACAGGACUUCAUUGGCUGCCUGAAUGUAAAGGCAACUCUCUAUGGCACAUACUCCCUUUCCUACAAUCUUCAUUGCUAUGGGGCCAAGCGCGUCAUGAAGGAAGCUCUUCGCUGGGCCCUCUUCAGCAUGCAGGCCACGGGCCACAUGCUGCUCGGCACCUCCUGUUACAUGCAGCAGCUUCUGGAUGCCACAGAGGAGGGGCAGCCCCCUAAGGGCAAGGCCCCAUCCCUCAUCCCGACCUGUCUGAAGAUACUGCAAUGAAGGCCUAAGUCCUCGAAGGCCUUCUCCAGCCAAGGACUAGCCCGGGAACCCCAUGCUCAGCUGGUAGCGCCCACAAGCCUGGCAGUUAAAGAGCUUCUUACCUCCGUACGUCUCCCUCACCCACACAGGACUAUGAAUGUGGAAGCAGGGCGGAGGGCUGGAAGCCUGGGAUGGAUGGCCAAAGGAGAGUUGAGGGUUUUUGUCCGGGCCUAGCUCCUCCCUGUCCAAGGUAGCUUAGCUGACCAAGACUGGUCGCCAGCAGGCUAGGCACGAAGUCUGCGCCUCGGCUACCGGUCCUCACAUGCUGUACUUUCAUCACACUCCCUACCUCCUGGCCCCCAUACCUAAUACUCCUGAGUGAACUGUCAGGCCCAUUAGUAUAUGAUAUUAGAGAGUUGGCAAUAAAUGGUUCCUGCUGAUA